AUGGGGAAGACUGGACUGGACUGGACUGGACUGAUCCCAACCAAGCGGCUGCCCAGCCCAGGAGGUGGCCUCCUUCUCCUGGGCCGGGCCUAUCAGCAGAUGGGGAGGCUUCGACUGCGAGCAGAAGAAGGGGAAGGGCAAAGCGUGGACCGCAUCAGCGACCUUCCCGACACCAUCCUCGGCGACAUCGUCUCCCGCCUCCCCGCCAAGGACGGCGCCCGCACGCAGGUCCUCUCCUCCCGGUGGCGCCGCAUCUGGCGCUCCGCUCCUCUCAACCUGGACCUCCGCUCCCAACCCGUCCCUCUGGGUAAGGUCCACCGCAUCCUCUCCUCGCACCCGGGCCCCGGUCGCUGCUUCUCCACGCCCGCGCGCUACUAUAACGAGCUCCAUUCCCACUCCCGCUCCCGCUCCGCCGCGAUCCUGGACGGCUGGCUCCGCUCCCGCGCUCUCAACAACCUCCAGGAGCUCGACUUCCGCCUCGACAUUCCGUUUCGGGAUCGGCGGAAUCCUCCGCCGCUGCCCGCAUCAGCGCUCCGCUUCUCGUGCACGCUUCGCAUCGCCAGAUUCUGGUCCUGCCGUUUCCCGGAUGGAAUCAGUAUCCGCUUGCCGGUCCUCGAAGAGCUGCAGCUUUCACAUGCCAUCAUCUCGGACUCGGAGAGCUCUCUGCAUGCCUUGCUCGCCGGCUGCCCUGCCCUGCAGAGGUUGCUGCUAACUUACAACGACGGCUGCUCUCGUGUCCGGAUCGCGUCCCCUACCCUCAGAAGCAUUGAUGUAGGUCGAGGUGUGGGAGACCUCCGUUUGCAGCAACUCAUCAUCGAGGAUGCUCCCUGCCUGGAGAGAUUUCAUCAUCAUAAGGCUAUGUCACAUCACAAGAUGGACAUCUGCGUGAUGUCGGCGCCAAAACUGGGUAUUUUGGGACAUAUCUAUGACCACUAUCCCAGACUUGAGAUUGGCCCCACAGUUUUUCAGACAUUAUCCGAAGGGAGUGAAAAUGUGUGGGGUAAUAACCACAAUCAUAUCAACAUCCGCCUGAAGAAAAUUGUGUUGAGAAACUAUGGAGCCAAUGAGUCACACGUUAACUUUGUCAAGUUCUUUGUAUUGAAUGCGAGGGUGAUAGAGUCAAUCAGGCUUGUUUUACGGUUUAGGAAUGCUAGCAAUGGUUGGAUUGAAGGACGCGCCACGGUUGGAUUGAAGAACAGUUCAGGAAGAAGUAGAGUAACCAAGGGUUUCCUUCCUCACCACUGA